UUGUCCCGCAGGUCAGUCUUUAGGGCAAGAGGAAGGUGUUCGCAAGCAGCCUCAGCCGCAGUUUGUCAAAACACCUUUGUCCUAAACUUCUGUUUCAUGCACUAACCAAAACACAACUUCCAUUUCCUUCUCCACGAAAGCCGAGGGGCCAUAAAACAUUAAAGCGUUUCCUCUCAGACAUUUGAAAAAUUGAAAACGCGCUGCUAAUUCCACUCCUUCCAUCUUCAGGGAAUAAAGAACAUCUGGGAUUGUGAACGAAGCUUUUUUUUGUUUGUUUCGGGAGUUUUGUUUGAGUCACUUUUCCUGUGUUCUAGUGCUGAGUUUGAAGUAGGGGGAGGCUGAGUGGUAAAGCUAUGCUGCUUCAGGACGACUGAACUGCUCUGUUAGACCACAUUCACUGGAGAAACUGCUGUGGAUUCAGUUGUAGUAUACUGAAUCAAGACUACUCAUCUGAAGAAGACGAUCAAGGCCAAAAAGAUGGGGGUUUUCUUCCUCGCUCUAACAGUGCUCACCUCGAGUCACCUGUGGUCACAUGUCCAAGCUUCGAGUCUAGUGCAGUUAAAUCGAGUUAUUCGAGUAGCCAGAGGACAAUCUGUGUUCAUCACAGCCAACGAACUUCAGUUCCACAUGGAUCACAAAUCCGAGGCCUGUAAAGUAGAAGUGGUGCUUAAUGAACCCAUCACACAAAGAGUGGGAAAACUCACUCCACAGGUUUUCGACUGCCAGUUCUUUCCAGAUGAGGUGAAGUAUGUCCACAAUGGCAGUCCACUUCUUGAGGAAGACACCGUCAUGUUGAGAGUCUACAGGUUUACAGACACCGAGACUUUUGUUGAGUCUAUGUUGCUGAAGGUACGUGUGUUUGAGCCUCAGAGAAGCCUUGUAGAGCUUGGAAAUGUCCCUCUGGUGGUUCCUGAGUUCUAUGGCCUUUCCAAUGCCAUCAACGCCAGCGUUCUCACCUUUAAAACCCAGCCAGAUGUGAUCUGCACGCUUCGUCUUCUCAGCUCUGAGAUCAGUGUUCCAGCACUGGGUCAGCUGGUGGUUGAGGAGUCUGGAACAAUGGUGGACACUGAGGCUGGACCAAGAAAAGGACGUCACACUGCAAUCGCCUGCCCUGGAAAUAAAGCCUGUGACCUCAAGACAAGGCAAGUGGAGUUCCUGAAGACCGACUGCAGUGAAUUCCUCUCUUCAGGUCUGAAGUACCAGCAUCUCAGUCCUCCUUCACCUGAGAUUGACUACAUCCCAGUCCGGCUGGAGUUUCGAGACCAGACCUCCCGAGCCCUGCUAGAGACCGAGAGUGUCUGGUUACCGGUAUUGAUCCAGGGGGCGAUGCAGAACCAGCCGCCUCACGCUGCCUUCAUGUCCACCUUCAUCCUGGAGGUAGAUCAGUUCAUCCUGACGCCUCUGAGCACCGCUGCGCUGGAUGCCAAAGACGACGAGACACCGCAGGACCAGCUCAUUUUCAGUGUCACCAAACCUCCAGCCGAAGGAUAUAUAACUCAUUUAGAUGAUCACACUAAAAUGGCCUCCUCCUUCUCAUGGCAAGACCUGAAUGAGAUGAAAAUCGCAUACCAGCCCCCAAACAGCAGUCAUACAGCCAGGAGGAACUAUGAGGUUGAAUUUCAGGCCAUUGAUGGCUCAUUUGCCCCGAGUCUUCCUAUCCUGAUGCACAUCUCCAUACGCACUGCAGAGACAAACGCACCUCGAGUCUCCUGGAAUAUGGGCUUGGAUCUGCUGGAAGGCCAAUCCAGACCAAUCACAUGGGAGCAUCUACAGAUUGUAGAUAAGGACAAUAUUGACGCCGUCACCUUGAUCGCAAUGGACGGUCCACUUAAUGGACACUUAAGUGUUAGAGGUGGAAAAGGCUUCAUGUUUAAGGUCAAGGAUCUCCGAGAGGGCGUUGUGGUCUAUCAUCACUCGGACAGCGACACCACCAGGGAUUACGUCGUCUUCCGAAUCACAGAUGGCCGCCACAGCAUCAGACAUAAAUUCCCCAUCUACAUCCUUCCCAAAGACGACACGCCGCCUUUUUUAAUCAACAACGUGGCCUUCGAGGUGCAAGAAGGUGGCACGGUUAGGGUGGAGGAGUACAUGCUGAUGGCCUCAGAUCUGGACUCCAGCGACGACUACAUUCAGUAUCAGCUGAUUACUUUUCCCAGAGCUGGACAGCUGAUUAAGAAGUCUUCUCCACAUGAACCAGGUCUCCCAGUCAAGAGUUUCCUGCAGAGGGACCUUUUCCAAGGGCUAAUCUACUACAAGCACUCGGGAGAGGAAGUGUUUGAGGACUCGUUUGAUUUCAUCCUCUCAGAUGUCCAUCAGCCUCCAAACCUGUCGGACAGACAUACUGUGGUGAUCCACGUGUUUCCAGUGAAGGACCAGCUGCCUGUGGAAGUUUCUGGAACGGUUCGCUCCAUCACGGUUAAGGAAACGGAAGUUGUUUACAUCACUCAGAGCCUUCUGCACUUCAGAGAUACAGAGCACCCGGAUACUGACCUCAUGUAUGUGAUCACCCACCCCUGCUUCAGUCCAGGAAACACCAGGUUAUCAGAUGCUGGCAGGCUGUUUUAUACUGACAGCACAAAUGCAAUGAAAAAAGAUGCUAUGGUUCCAGUGCUGAAGUCCUUUACCCAGCAUGCAGUGAACCACCACAAAGUGGCAUACAUGCCUCCAAUAGAGGAUAUUGGGCCUGAGCCUCUGUUUGUGCAGUUUGUGUUUUCUGUGAGUGACCAUCAGGGCGGCGCUCUUACAGGACUCACCUUCAACAUCACAGUCACGCCUGUUGACAACCAGGCCCCAGAAAUGUUUACUAACUUGCUGAGGGUUGAGGAAGGUGGUGGUAGCUUCCUGAUGGAGGAGCAUCUUUUGGUUCAGGAUGUGGACAGCUCGGAAGAUCAGCUCAGGAUACACAUGAAGACCAAACCCCAACAUGGACGGCUGGAGCUGCAGGGAACGGCCAUGCUAGAAGGAGACAGCUUCACUCUGCGGGACCUCAAAGCAUUGAGGGUCAGAUACAUUCAUGAUGACUCUGAGACCCAAAAGGAUAGCAUUGGACUUACAAUCACAGACGGAAUCAACUCAGCACAUGGAGCACUUUUAAUUCAGAUCCUGCCUGUGAAUGAUGAACCGCCACAGUUGGGCUCUGAUUUGAAGGCAAAGCUGUCCUGCAAAGAGGGGGGUCAGGUUCAGAUUACGGUCGAGUACCUCUCUGCUACAGAUGUUGACAGCGAUGACACUCGGCUAACAUACAUGCUUGCCAGAACACCUGGGCGUGGGGUCAUACAGCGAAACGGGGUCACUGUGGACAAGUUCUCCCAGCUGGAUGUGCUCAAUGGACUCAUCUUCUACCUGCACACAGGUGGUGAGAUUGGACCGGAUCCUGUCUCGGACACUGUCACCCUCAUUGUGUCAGAUGGAGAGGCUGGAACAAUGGACGGCUGCUGCCAGGAGGACGCUCUCCCCCCUCCCGUCCCCCUGCAUGGCACGCUUCCGGUCUAUGACCUGAACAUCACUGUGAUGCCUGUCAACAACCAGGUCCCAACCAUUACGCUGGGCGGCAUGAUUGUGGUAGAUGAAGGUGCCAGAGCAUGUCUGUGUGGGGGGGUGUUGGAGGCCAGCGAUCCUGAUAGUCGUCCAGAAGAACUCAUGUUUCACUUGGUCACCCCGCCUCAGUAUGGGUUCCUGGAGAACACCCUUCCAUCCCCUGGCUUCGAGAAAAGCAAUGCUGGACUGAGAGUGGUUUUUUUCAGCCAGCUCCACCUCAGUUCGGGUUUCAUCAACUAUGUCCAGUCGGUGCACCAGGGUGUGGAGCCUACAGCAGACUUCUUUACCAUCAGUGUCAGUGACGGAAUGCAAAGAUCUGCACCAUUGCACGUCUACAUCAUCAUCAACCCCACCAAUGAUGAGGUUCCAUCACUGCUGCUUAGCAACUUCACAGUCAUGGAGGGAGGAAUGAAGGAUCUCAGCCCUGAUAUUCUAAACGCAGUGGACGUUGAUAUCCCAGCAGAAAGUCUCACCCUGACCAUCUUGGAUCCCCCAGCUCAUGGCACUCUGAUCAAUGGCAUAUAUGGUCUUGAGAUGAAUCGUUACAAAAGCAUGAACCCAGAGGUUCUCCAACAAACCUUAGCAAUCCAGUCCUUCACCUUGGAGGAGCUACAGCAAGGAAUGAAGAUCAUGUAUAUGCACGAUGACACAGAAACCCUCAAGGACGCUUUCACCAUACAGUUGACAGAUGGUGGGCACACAGUCCAGGGGACUGCGUGUGUCCGCAUCAUACCAGUCAAUGAUGAAAAGCCAUGGCUACUAAAAAAUGCAGGCGUUGAGGUCGAGGCCCUGGAGAAGAGGGUAAUCUCCAGUGUAGUGCUGGAAGCAGGGGAUCAGGACACUCCCAGUGACCAUCUUCUCUACAUCCUCAACGCAGGUCCAAGAUUUGGCCUUCUUCAGCUCAGGACAGAGGCUGGGUGGGUUGAUCUGAGCCCAGGUCAGAAUUUCACCCAGGAGGAUGUGGAGAUGAAUCGCCUGUGGUACUCUCACACUACAGUUAGUGGCUUCAAAGGUCACGACAGGUUUCACUUUGUCCUCACCGAUGGGGAAAACACAACACCUCCACAGAGUUUCUUCAUCUCGGUCCGCACAGUUCAGAAGGGCGACAUUGCUCUCAUCACUAAGCCUGUGACCUUGCUGGAGGGAGAGAGAGUCAUUCUGACCACUGACAUUCUGACGGCCGCAGACAGUGGAGGCCGGCCAGAUGAGCUCAUAUACACUGUAGCAGUGCCACCUGAACAUGGUCACCUGCACAUGGUCCAAACGCCAGGAGUACCAGUGUUCUCCUUCUCCCAAAUGGAUGUGGCUGCCAACCGGGUAUGCUACACUCAUGACAACAGCCGUUUUGCUGACCGUGAUUCUUUCAGCUUUGCCAUUAGUAACGGUGUAGCUUCCAGAAGUGGUACAGUUCAUUUCACCAUUGAACACAGUGACCGGAUCCCACCAACCCUGAGCACCAACAAAGGCCUUGAGCUCACAGAGGGCUCUAUGAAGACCAUCUCCACGGAAGAGCUAAAACUGACUGAUCCAGAUACAGCUCUAGAGAAUCUCACCUAUGUAGUUACUCAAAGCCCACAGUAUGGAAAGCUGCUCUUUAAAGGAUUGCCUCUCUCCAAGCCUCGUUUCACACAACUGGACAUCAACAAUAUGGAUCUAGCUUACCAACAUCUGAAUGGACGAGCCACGAUCGACAGGUUCGCCUUUCAGCCCACUGAUGGAACGAACAAGGGCUAUUUGGAGUACGGACAGCUAAAGAGUGACCCGGCUGUUUUUACAAUACAGAUAGAGAUACUGGACAAGACGCCACCCAGUAUUAUAAACAAAGGCAUCCCAAGUACUGUGGAGAACCUUCCGGAUGGCAAACAUGGCAUCUAUAUCACUUCCAAAGAGCUGCAGGCCUCAGAUCCAGACAGUCCCGACGACACACUCGAGUUCACCAUCACUAGACCUCCACACUUCGGCUUCCUCGAAAACACCCUCACAGGUGCGUUUAUCAAAGGACGCUUCACUCAGAAGGAUGUGGACCAGAAGGCUGUGCGCUAUGUCAUUCCUGUGGAUGUGGAAGUGACGGCGGACAGCUUUGAAUUUCAAGUCACAGACCCAGCAGGAAACACAAUACUGCCUGAAGUGCUGGAGCUGCGCUGGUCUCGUGUGGAUCUGUCAGCUUCCUGUUACCGUGUGUGUGAGACUGCAGGAACUCUGGCUGUGCAGGUUCUGCGCUCCGGAAACAGCAAAGAUCCGGCUUACAUCGGCAUACAGGUGGAAGAAGGAACAGCCAAAGUCGGGAAAGACUUCACUCACAGCUCGGCCAGUCUGAUACAGUUCGAUCCAGGUGUGAAUGUCAAAAUGUGGAACAUUUACCUGAAAGAUGAUGGACUGGAAGAGAACCAUGAGAGAUUUGACAUCAUUCUGAAGGCUCCAAAAAAUGCUGUUUUGGGACAGAGGAACAAGGCCUCUGUUGAGAUUGUGGAUCCUAGAAAUGGCAGGUGUAAUCCAGAUGACCUUAUUGUGGAGGAAGAUGAGAAUCAACAUACUUACCAAAUCCAGCCACACAUCCCAGAGCCAGAAACACCCGUGCUUGAGGAGUACACUCCGGACCCAAGAAGCGGGAUCCUCUGGGAGAACUAUCCUCCAAGAGGAGACGUCCCGUAUCGCACUGAUUUUAACCAUUACAGCCUUACAGGUCAACAUAUGGAGCAGGAGGCCUUUCACAGUCCAGGCCGGAGACAACUGAGGGUCCUGGAAGGAAACAGACAGAGAGCUGGUCUGUCAGAGGUGGACAGCAGAAAUCAGGAAAGGGUUUGGAGAUUUCACGGUGUGAUCCCGGUGAGCCAGCAGGAAGCGGCUCCUCGUGUUCACUCUGAACUGGAGAUCACUCCCAUCUGGAGCUGGCCUGGAGAUUCAGCAGAAACCCCUCAGCGUGACUCCGCCUCUGACAUUCAACAACACAAAUCUCAGACAUCUGUUAGCAUCGAUUGUCCAAAUGGUUGGACUCACUACCGGAGGAACUGCUAUAUUUUGGGGCCUGGUACCGCUAGCUGGAGUAGCGCACAACAUGCCUGCACACUGCUUGAAGGCCAAUUGACAGGUAUCCACUCAAAGAAUGAUAUGAAGUGGAUCUGGAAGUUUGCUGGGAAGCAGCCAUUUUGGAUUGGACUGGUAGGUGGUCCGGAGCACGGAUGGAUAUGGACGGAUGGGAAAGUGCUGUCGUUCUCCAGACUCAGGAAAGAUGAAGAGGAUCAAACUCGCUCUGUUUGUGUUUUAGCUCAGAGCCAGAAGAUGUGGAUUCCUAAAGGUUGCAUUGAUGGAUCCGAACACAGAUACGUUUGUUCAGCACCUGCACAAAUCAGCUAAAACAGAUUGAAUUAUUUAUAGCGCUCUUUUUAUUAUUAUAAUGUUACUAAUACAUUCUUGCAGAGCUGAAUAAUUGUAUUUCAGCUUACGGUGACAUUCUUUCUGGUGUUAUUAAUAUAUUUACAAUCAAUAAAUGGCAAACAAAAUUGAUAAUACAAAAAGGUAA